AUGCUUUGUCAUUAUUCCAGAGGGUUCGUAACUACUUUACAUAGAAAAGUACCUUUGUUAGUUUCUCCUAAUGAAUUUCAAUCUCUUUCCAGGCCAAUCCCACUCGACGUCUCUUGGCACAUGCCAAACAGUCCUCGUUCCGCCGAUACAGAAUACCUAUCAGGUCCUAGGGUUCCAAAAGCUAGGAGGUUCGACCUUGAUCAAGUGGCAGAUUUGAACAAGGAGACCAAUCCAUUAGGGCUAGGUCAUAUGAUGCCCACUGGUGAGAAGUUUGCAGAGGAGUGUGGUAAACUAGGUAUCGAAAGAUCCAGCCAUGUAGUCUUGUACGACACAAUGGGUAUCUUCUCAUCACCUCGUGCGGCAUACACUUUCAAAGCCUUCGGUCAUGACAAAGUCUCCGUAUUGGACGGGGGACUACCAAGAUGGAUUGCGGAAGGUUACCAAACUGAAUCUGGUUCUCCUGCAAAAUGGUCAACUACUAACUAUUCUUCCAAAGCUGCCAACGCCGGUUGGGUCAGGUCAUACGAAGAGAUGGUUCGUAAUUCUGAGAAAUCGGACGACGAAAUCGAGAUCGUCCUUGAUCAUCGUUCGCUUGCUAGAUACACAGGCGAAGCACCUGAACCUCGUCCAGGUCUCUCAUCAGGACAUAUCCCAAAAUCCCUUCCAUUACCAUUCACAGAAUACCUCAUCCCUUCAUCCGACUCCAAACCAUACACCUCUUACCGUCCUAUAGAGGAGCUUCGCCAGAUCCUCGUCGACGCUGCGGGAGGCGAAGAGGCAUGGACCAAAUUGGCUCAAGGUGAAAAGAGUCUGGUGUUCACAUGUGGAAGUGGAAUGACGGCUGCGAUCGGCUGGUUGGCUAAUGAACUGGUGAAAGAGGCACGAUUGGGAGGAGCGAAAAAGACUGCUUUGUAUGAUGAGAGUUGGACGGGAUACGCUUUGAGGGAGAAGAGUGUCAUUAUCAAGGGCUCUGAAUGA